CCCCAGUCAUCCAUCGCAUCUCAGCAUCACUGUUCGCGGAUAAAAGUUGAGACCUAGCGAGGAUCCUAACAAUUCCAUGUUUAGCUUUUAAAAAACAUCCUAGUACCUGAUAGAGUCUAUCUCGCCUGGAGCUCAAAGGCCCUCCUUGCUCCCGCGACCCGGGGUUCUUGGUCCUUGCGGCUGUCCCGAGAUCUCACCCUUGGCUUGGAUCGGGUUAAAAACUGGAGCCGCAGCUGCUGUGGUGGCACCCGCACUUCACCGCCUCUCAGGAGCACCCUCGCCCCUGUCGAGUGACCGUCCCUGCGAGCCCGCUCGAAUCCCACAAAAACACGCUGCCCUCCGGAGGUUCCACGGGCUCCAGGUUUACGGCCUGCGCGUGGGGGAACUUGUCCUAGUCAUUACAGCUCUUGGCGGUUUCCUGUCCGGCUCGAUCGAGGCCGGCCAGGCUCGUCCGACCCGCAGGCGGCCCAGCGCUGGCCCGAGAUCUACACUGGUUGGCGGCACGCGGCGAGAUCGAUGACAUCCUCCCCCCAGCCAUGAUCUAUUGCAGCCCAGUCGCCACUCCCAACCUGAGCCGCAAAGCAGAACUUGAGUGCCUUUGUUGCCACACCACCUCAAGCUCCGCCCUGCGCGCACCCACUUCCUCCUAACCUUGCAGAACGCACCCGCGCCUGGCCCUAUCCCCAUUGGGCCCCUGGGAAACCGGAUAUCCAGUCCCCGCAAGACGUCGCUGUAUAAUAUUGCCCUGCUGUAAUUACGUUUUGGAGGCCAGCCCAACGGCCGGGAGGUCAUUGUUUUGGUCCAACGGCCUCGGCCCACUCGCAGCCACCUGUUCGUAGCCUAGUCUUGGGCACUCCCCAUCUGAGGCGCUCGCUGGCGGCCUCUGAAACUGCUCGCAUCCAAUACGCCGGCGCCUCAUGAUAUGAUUCGAUUUGAGAAUACCCACCCCCGCCAUCCUUCUACCUGCAGCGUAUCUUGUUGUUUCGGUGCCUCGGAAUCAGCACCUGCUCGAGCCAGCCCGCCUCAUCAAGUUUUGUCUGGUUUCGCCCACGCAGACCAGCACCCACCCACGCCCCCUUGGUCAGGCAUCGCCCUCGCGUCCAUUGGCGGCUACCACCCAUACAAGACAGGCGCCGUCCCACUCAAGACGCGCGCCGUCACUGUCGGUCGCCUGCACUAUCCUGCGUGCUCGCGUCUUAGCACAUUACCCAUCCCACGGCACUUGCCCUGGAGAACCAUUCGAUCAAGCUACAAAUCACCACAACACCUGGAUAAGAGCCAUCGCGAUAGGGUCGCGCUGACUCUCCAUGGCUUCUUCCGAGGUGGACCAAAAAUUUCUUGGCAUAUUUGCCAGGAAUGUCGAGCCCGACAAUCCUCUGCUCGCGCAGAUGCUGUUCAAGCUGCUUGGGCUUUCGGUCAAGCUUUCGCCACAGCUCGUCAGCGCUCGCAAACAGCGCAAGCUCAACAGCGCUUCCCAGACACCUUCGGCUGAGACGCUCGAACUUUACUUUCACAUAAUAUGGCUCUCAAGAGAGGGCCUAUACAUGCUGGAGAACUAUGUGCUCCCCAUGGUCGGCAACUACGCCGAACUCAAGGUCCUUGCGUACAAGCUCAGGGCUUCAUUCUAUCACAUAUUUGUGCUUUUCCACAACCAGCCGCCCGUCUCCUCGGCAUAUCCCUCGACGCCCGAGAUUGCCACAUCCGCCACCAUGCCCUCGGCGGUACCCCCAAGUCUAAGCAAAGGAAAGGAUGUUGCGCGCCCCGAAAACGAUAUUAGGGACAGGCUCGGCAGGUCCUCCUCUGUUCAGCCCACCCACCCGCUUGAGGGGGGGCCAGUCGGUCCCCCGCCGGGUUUUGGCCCCAGCGCGCCAGCCACUUUCCUCCUCGAGCCCACAAACUACCUCCCAGUAGCACACAACUACUUCAAAGAGGCGGUGGCGCUCGCGGAGGAGCUUCUAUGGGGGUCCCACUCGCUGCGGCUAUCCGUCAAGACCGAAUACGUCGCAUUCUUGUACGACUGUGUCCACGAUCAUCAGGGCAGCCGCAAGGUGGCCCAGGACACCAUCACCGAGGUUUACGACGCCAACGAGGGCAUCGACAACGACAUGUUCAGCGACGCGUGCGAGCUCGUCACGGUGCUGGGCAGGAUGGUGAAGCGCGGCCUUGCCCCAUCGGGUGCUCCGAAAAAAAGGUCACACGAAGGCCCUGCGCCGUCAGGAGCCUCUGCAACGACGAAUGGGCCACAAACCACGGCCCCACUAAUGCUGCCCACGACAUCCUCGGCCCCGGCGGGGUUCAUAUGACGACGGCGGGCCGCAUGUUGGUCGAGCCAGCGGCUUACUCUCGUAAUCUCUUCUGGGUUGGAUACUGCACGCCACACUGGCCCGAGAAUCCGCGUGGCCAAGUUCUACUUGCGAAUCUUGAUAAAAUGCUGUCAUCUACGAGGCUACAAUGUUUCGAGGCGAAUACACAAGAUACAGACAGAAAAGCGACUGCGUUCUGCAUGCGUAUUCCAGCGAGAGCGCGUUCCGUCACCAACCCAACUAUUCCGGUCCAUCAAACUACCGACACAUCUGUAUAAUACAUAAUAACCCUGUUCCGCGGCUUCGCACAGUCGAUACGCGCUUUCUCGUUUGCGCAAUGGCAUACACCCUGACGGCCGGGAGAGAUCUAGCUCAUUGCUCAUAAUGGCGGCUUUGUGCGUCAUGCUUUGGUUGUAUACUUGGGGAGUACUUUUUUUUUUUCGUUGGUCACAUCCCCCGAUUCGUCGCAUUAUUACGCGACUUGUCAUUUGGCUUUUUUUUCAUGUUCUCUGGACCAAAAUCAGCAUACGGCACAUCGACUCUCCUUGUUCUUUGUCGACUUUAUUUUGAUACCCUUGGGCCAAGCCAUAUUUGCGCAGAGAGGACCUUGGCCAUUUUUAGUUGUCAUUUGCUCUUCAUUUGAUUGCCUCGACUACUUGGAGUCACAAGCUUCGAAGAGAGCGUUCUGAAAUUUUCGGCCGACGAUGCUUUGCUAGCCCGUGUGACCUCCUGCCGUCUUUGACU